AUGGAUGCAAAUUUUAAUGGGAUAGAUAUGCAGCCAACGGAGGAGUGCCCAAACCCAUUACCUCAAGGAUUCGUUCUUCCGCAAUUCAUUCCGCUCACGCCCGAAUCCGUGAGACUGUCAUUGCAGCGAUACCAGCGACAGAAAAGACGUGAGCAGAAGGCCAAGGAGCUUCAGAAAGAACAAAAACGAAAAAGGAAAGAGUGGAGGAAAAACAAGGCGAACUACGACAGUGACAAAUCCGAUCCAGAAAGCGCUUCUUUUGUUCGUCCAGCGUUGAAUCCCGUGGAGGAAGGCUUGCUAGACUCCACCUCCGAGGAAGAGGAGGAAAAAGAUUUACCUGAAGUGCCAUCACGGGCCAACCCAAUGCUUGCUACUGGAAAGAAACUUAUUCCACCGUUGGCUAAAAAAUUCUGUGCAAAAAGAUACACGGGUAAACCUUUGCAGGAAAUGGACGACUUCUAUCGGUACAAGAGGAGUUUUGUAGUGAUUAGCAGUGACCGAACAAUUCACAGACUCAGUCUAUCACCAGCUCUUUUCAUAUUUGGACCUUUCAGUUCAAUUCGUCGGGUCGCAAUAUAUAUCAUGGUUCAUCCAUAUCCUUUUCAAAUGGUUACCUUUACGGUCUUUUACACAUGCGAGGCAAUUAUCCGGGUAGUUGGUUGUGGGCUCAUUCGGAACGAAUUCGCCUACCUACGCGACGCGUGGAAUUGGUUGGAUUUUAUCGUCAUUACCCUGGCAUACCUCAUGUUUGUGGUCCCGUUUCUUGGCAACCUCUCAGCACUGCGUUCACUGAGAGUUCUGCGUGCCCUCAAGACUGUGACCGCGGUGCCUGGUCUAAAGACGAUUAUCGGUGCCCUAAUGGACGCAGUAAUGCAUCUUCGAGACGUUGCCGUACUCACUCUCUUCAUGCUCUCCAUAUUUGCCCUCAUUGGGGUGCAGUUGUACCGAGGAACCCUGCUUCGAAAAUGUGUCGUCCCAUGGCCAGGUUUCAACACCACAGUGGGUGGGGCUCUCCUCAGUCAAAUUGCCACUGAUGUAUACUACAACAAGAGUUUCGAUCCCUACCUGACAACCGAGAUUAAGAGUAUCUUCAACGGAACAUUUUUAAUCAACUGGAUGUCUCCACACAUGGUCUGUCGAAAUCUUACUGAGGAUGGCAACAGCACCUGUCCAAUGGAUUUUAUCUGCAAGCAGACUCGUACUGGAAAUCCAAACUUCGGCUACACCAACUUUGACAACUUUGAAAGUGCCCUUCUCUGCUCCUUUCGACUCAUUACCCAGGAUUACUGGGAAAGUCUCUACCAACUGGUGCUAAGAGCUAACGGUCCGACACACGUCUUCUUCUUUGGGAUGGUCAUCUUCCUCGGCUCGUUCUACCUCCUAAAUAUCAUCUUGGCCAUUGUCUCCAUGUCCUACGAACAGGUCUGCAAACAGGAUAUGGAGUCGGAUGCUCAACUAGCUGCUGCGAUUGAACUGUGUGCAGAAGACGGAGACCAGGAGGCCAAAGACAGCGGUGAACCGGAGAAAGGCCUGCCUAUGGUGAAUGGUUGUGGAUUUCACUUUCCCAGUGCUCUACGACGGCAUUCCAUCGCCACAACUGAUGUCUACGCCCAGUUGACGCUAUUACGAAGGUGGAAAAGCGAUGAUGUUUUAUUCAACCACAGGAAAAGAGAUUCACCAAGGAUUUGGGAUAACGCUGUUCUCUUUGUGGAUGAACUCUCGAUGGAAAGUGUCUCACAUUGCAAGGAGCUCAUCUCACUGACGUCACUUUCAAAAAAGAAUUGCGUUUCUCUCGUUUCUGCCGAAUUGUCAACUGUGAGUGGUGCCUCCUGUCUAUCGAGACAAACCAAUCCAAAUGGCCUUAGCAACGGCAAUCCCAACGCCCUCGAAAUGGACCCAGAACAGGGUAGACUGCCCUUCAAUGUACCGCAUUUUGCGCUUCCCUUGAAGGAGAAAAGUGUGUAUCGAAACCACACCAACUAUUCUUCUUCCAGGUUCAAGCGUUGUGCAAAAGAUAAAUCAGACAUGCCUUCACACAACAAAUCGGAUAAGUCGCAUCAGAAUUUGAAAAAAUGCCUAUGCUCUUGCUUAUUUGGUCAGCGACGUGAGUUGCUUGAACAUCCGGAGUGUUGUAAAGAGCUUAGUCUUCCGGCUCGAAUAUGUCAAUACAUUACUACGCAGAUUGAACCAGUAUUAUGUGGAUGGACGUGUUGUCCGUGCUACGAUAUUUUUCGACGCUACAUCGGCUACAUCAUUCUCGAUCCCUUUGUGGAACUCUUCAUCACCAUUUGUAUCGUUCUCAACACACUUUUUAUGGCUAUUGACCAACCGGAGAAGGGAGAGACUCUGGCAGCUGUCCUUCGGAUAGCUAAUUAUGCAAGUCUUCAGGAUUACAAGGAGUACUUCGCGGACUCCUGGAACAUCUUUGACUUUGCAAUCGUAGUCUUCAGUCUGGUUGAAAUUCCGUUAACAACCAUACGUGGCCUCUCGAUCCUACGUGCAUUUCGAUUGCUGAGAGUCUUCAAGUUGGCCAAAUCGUGGCAAACAAUGAAGCUACUCUUCUCUAUUGUUGCAAUGACUCUAAACGCGCUGGGCAACCUAACGGCCGUCCUAAUGAUCUCCAUUUUCGUCUUUGCGGUACUGGGAAUGUCGUUGUUCGGAGAGAGUUACCACCAAUUUACAAAUGUUACGCGUUUCCCUGAACGAUGCGGAAAAAUACCCCGAUGGAAUUUCUGCGAUUUUACGCAUUCCUUCAUGAUUGUCUUCCGUGUUUUGUGUGGCGAGUGGAUAGAAUCUAUGUGGGACUGUCUUGAGGUAAACGGAUGGAGCUGCACGAUCUUCUUCCUCAUGACCAUGGUCCUUGGUAAUCUGGUGGUACUAAGCUUGUUCCUGGCUCUUUUGCUGAGCUCCUUCAGUGCUGAGAGCUUUCAAAAGGAGGAGGAGGCAGGCGAUCACAAUAAGCUGCAGGCAGCAUUUGAUCGCAUCUACCGUUUCGCCGUCUGGAUGAAGCUAAACAUUCAGAAAGUGUUUACUCCCCGAAGACGCCGAUGUUGCUGUAGAAGUGGGUCCAAAAAUAUGAACCAUAUCGAGUAUGGAACUCAGUUAAACCACUUGAAAUCAGCUGCAUCAAAGGAUAUUGAGGAGAUCGAUGUGGUUUUACAAAAUCCUAUCACUCUGCAGGAUUCCCUGGCAGCUUUAAUCCCCGAAUCGACUCCAACGACUCCAUUUUUCAGUUCCCCCGGUACACCUGACCGAAAAACUUCAAGUUUUCCAAUGGACAUUCAGGAGAUUGAUGCUACCGAUGGCAAAACAGAAGAGGCCGACGACGUAGAGGAGAUCCUAGAGGCAGAGUCUGUGGAUAUGGCUUUUUGGGAGCAUCCGGAGGAUUGUUGUGCACCGUGGAUUUGGAAUCAGAUCGGUCCUCUCUUCAAGAGCUGCCUGGACUCGAAAAUGGGAUCUGUGUGGCGACGCCUGCGACAAGUGUGCUACUACAUUGUAGAAAAUCGCUAUUUUGAAAGCUUUAUCUUCAUAAUGAUAAUUAUCAGUAGUGGAACUCUAGCACUCGAAGACAAGAACCUCCCCUCCAGACCGCGACUGAAGAUGGCACUGGACUAUAUGGACAAGUUGUUCACCUUCAUCUUUCUGAUGGAGAUCAUUCUCAAGUGGUUUGCCUAUGGUCUACGCAAAUUUUUCAGUGAUGCCUGGUGUUGGCUCGACUUCACCAUUGUCACGGCAAAUAAAGAAGAACAGGGAUUUAGGAAGUGGCUUGAUGCUUUAAGCUACAAGGCGUAUUUUAGGAUUGCUGUUACAAGUAUGAUAUUGAGCUAUGGGAAGGAGGAUGGAAAAUCGAGUAUGAAUUCCUUCAAGGCGAUGCGAACACUACGAGCUCUGCGUCCGCUGAGGGCUCUCUCACGAUGGGAGGGAAUGCGGAUUGUGGUGAAUGCAUUGUUACAAGCAAUUCCCUCCAUUUGCAACGUUGUCUUGGUCUGUUUUGUAUUUUGGCUCAUAUGCUCCAUCAUGGGAAUGCAAUUAUUCGGUGGGAAAUUUAGGAAGUGUGUCAGUGAGGCGACCGGAGAACGACUACCAGCAGAUCAGUAUCCCAAUCGCACGGUGUGUGAACUUCACAAGAAGCUCUACAAAAAUGUCAGUUGGGAUAACUCCAAAAUCAACUUUGACAAUGUGCCCAACGGUUUCCUUGCUCUGUUGCAAGUGGCCACAUUCAAGGGAUGGAUUGAGAUCAUGUCCGACGCCGUUGACAUAACCGAUUAUGAUCAACAACCGGUGUACAAUAACGCCACCUCCUACUACCUCUUUUUCGUCCUCUUCAUCAUUGUAGGAUCGUUUUUCACACUCAACCUCUUCAUUGGUGUCAUUAUCCAGAAUUUUAAUAUGCAGAAAAAGAAGGUUGGAGGAUCCCUAGAAUUGUUUAUGACGGAGGAUCAGAAAAAGUACUACCAUGCUAUGAAAAAGAUGGUCAGAAGAACUCCACAAAAGCCUAUUCCAAAGCCAAAGUUCUGGAUGUCAAAGUGGAUCUUCAAGGUGAUCUCCAACCGCAAUUUUGACCUCUUCAUUCUGGGAAUGAUUGGACUUAACACCCUCAUCAUGUGCUUCGAGCAUCAUCACCAGCCAGAGUGGAUGAAACAGACAAUGGAGAUUGUCAAUAAGAUGUUUAUCAUUAUCUUUACGUGCGAAUUCAUUCUCAAGCUCAUCGGUCAACGCUGGUACUACUUUAAAGACCCCUGGAAUAUUUUUGACUGCUGCAUUGUUAUAUUCUCACUCGUUUGUUGGGGACUGGAGGACCUGAUGACCACGCUGCCCGUUCCGCCAACAACAAUUCGAAUUGUGCGCCUCUUCCGGGUGGGUCGAGUGCUGCGAUUGGUAAAAUCGGCCCGUGGGAUUCGCACCCUCCUCUUUGCACUGAUCGUGUCACUACCGGCACUUUUUAAUGUGGCUCUUCUCCUCUUUCUCACUGCUUUUGUCUACUCCAUCGUUGGCAUGUCCUUCUUCGGGAAGGUAGCCUACUAUGCGGGAAUUGAUGCAGAAUUUAACUUUGAAACAUUCCCACAGGCCUUCAUCAUCCUGUUGCAGAUAUCAACCUCUGCGGGUUGGAGUAGUGUAUUCGAGGGCUUGAGCAACACAGAUCCCGCCUACUGCAGUCAGGAGGAGGGAACGUGUGGCAGUUUCCUCUGGGCGACAUUAUUCCUCGUCUCUUACCUCGUAAUCUCCUUCAUGGUCAUCAUCAACAUGUACAUUGCUGUCAUCUUGGAAAAUUUCAGUCAGGCUACUGAGGACGUUCAACAGGGCCUAACACAGGACGAGUUCGACGCAUUCUAUGAAGUCUGGGAACUGUACGACGUCCACGCACUCGGCUUCAUCGAGCUUCAACACCUGGAGGAAUUUGUUGAACGCAUCGGUCCCCCAUUGGGUAUCCCUCGACCCAACCGAAUCCGCUUAGCCUGCCUCUCUGUUCAAAUCUGUUCUCAAGAUCGCAUUUUCUGUAUGGACCUGCUGGACGCUCUCACCCGCAAUUUCCUUGGCCGUCUCACCACGGAACAUCCCGAGACCCUGGUUGAACAAGUUGAAGUGGGCAGCUCGCAGAACCAGGAUGGAACCAUUGAUAGGAUCAACUUUGUAGCCAAGGCGGCAAAGGAACCAGCUGUGCCUAUAAGCAACACAUAUGAGCGACAGCGCGAACGCAUGGCUGCCUACAAGAUUCUCUACUUCUGGCGCAGUAGACGGAAGUCGUCGGAGAGUUGCGUCAGAGUUGAGGAAACAGAUUCGUGA